AUAACCAAUCUUCUGCCACCAAUUCUAUAAGGAAUCUUGAAUUGUUUCAGUCUGAAAUCUAGUCUUCAAGAAUAAUACUCUAUGAUUUGCUCUAUAUGCAUGCAUAUUACAACACUACUAGCUUCAUUCAAUGAAGGGACACUAAAAAUUUCCAUAAAUAUUGACCACUUUUGUCAUUUGCUGGCUCUAAAUUUCGACAAAAUUAAGAUCGGUGUUUCUAAAUUUGCUGACAUAAAAGGUCACAAGUUUAUUUAAAUCAGUAAGGUUGCCCACAUUGCUAUAACAUGGUUAUAUUCUGUUUUGUCCAUAUCUUCAACAACUUGUUGAGACCAGAUUCUUGCAAGAUUUUAUGGAACCUUAUACUAUAAAUACUAAACAUUGGUUCCUAAUGAUUAGCUCAGGCUUCUCUUUUGCACAUUAAAAACAUUGAGUUGCUUUAGAACACAACACAUAAAAGAUGGAAAGAUCGCCUGCAUUUCCUCCAAAUAGAUCAAUUAGUUUGCCUUCUAGAAUACAUCCCACGUGUCUUCGUGUUGAGGCCGAGUUAAACAAACUACGAGCAUGGGAAAUAAGAUCAUGUUCGUCUUUGGACAACCUAAGUGCAGAAACCAUUCAAAUAGGUUUAGCUGGUUUAUCGGAGGUGUAUAGAGGUGUAGAGGAGCUUGUUUACUCGUCGUUAACACAUCAUGGGGAUUUGUUAGAAGGUGCAUUAGAUUAUUCGGUUAAACUACUUGAUAGGUGUGGAAUUGUGAGGGAUAUGCAACAAAAGAUGAAGGAACAAGUCUUUUGCCUUCAAUCAAGUCUCCAAAGAAGAGGAACAGAUUCAAAAUUUGAAAAUGAAAUUUCUUCUUAUUUAAGGUUAAGAAAGAUGCUGAAGAAAGAGACAUCAAAGUGCAUUAAGUCACUAAAACGAUCUGAAAGGAAGUUUCUUCACAUACCAUCUACAAAAGAUUACCAUUUAGCAAUGGUGGUGAAGGUUCUAAGAGAAGUGAAUACUAUGACAUAUAUUGUAUUACGGUCUCUCUUAUCGUUCAUGUCAUCGUCGGGAUCUAAGAUCAAGAAGGGAGGCGGGUGCUCGCUAAUUUCAAAACUGAGGCCAAAUGAUCACAAGGCAAAGAAGUUGAUGAAUGAAGUGGGUCGUGUUGAUGACGCCCUCUUUGGUGUUCUUCAUGGCACUGAGGAAAUGACAAUGGCUCAUAGGAAGGUGGAAAAGCUUGUAGUUAGUUUAGAUUGUAUAGAGAAGGGAUUAGAUGUAGUUUUUAGACGAUUGAUACAAUAUCGAGUCUCGAUCCUUAAUGUACUCACCCGAUAAUUAAAGUAA